AUGGCGGCUGUGAGGAGCAUGAACACAAUGUAUGGAGUCUGUUUCCAUGCUGCUCGUCAGACGACAGGACUGAAGGCAUCCAGGCUGCUUCAACACAUCCAACAAAGAGCUUUCAGAGUCGCUGCCGUGCGUCGGCAGCACCUGGAUGACUCAACACUGGAAAAGCCACAGUUCCCUGGAGCCUCGGCAGAGUUUGUGGAUGAGCUUGAGUUCAUCCAGCCCAAUGUCAUCUCUGGGAUCCCCGUGUACCGGGUGAUGGACAGACAGGGCAACAUCAUCAACCCCUCUCAAGACCCUCAGCUUUCCAAAGAGACGGUUUUGAACUUCUAUCAGAAGAUGACAAUGCUGAACACAAUGGACCGCAUUCUGUAUGAGUCUCAGAGACAGGGUCGGAUCUCCUUCUACAUGACCAACUAUGGUGAAGAGGGGACACAUAUUGGCAGCGCUGCUGCUCUUGACCCAAGCGACAUGGUCUUUGGUCAAUACAGAGAAGCUGGAGUGCUGAUGUACCGUGGUUUUCCUCUGGAGAUGUUCAUGGCUCAGUGCUACGCCAACGCCGAUGACCUCGGCAAGGGCCGGCAGAUGCCCGUCCACUACGGCUCCAAAGAUCUGAACUUUGUCACCAUCUCCUCUCCUCUGGCCACUCAGAUUCCCCAGGCGGCCGGAGCCGCGUAUGCUAUCAAGAGAGAGAACAUGAACCGUGCUGUGAUCUGUUAUUUCGGCGAGGGAGCGGCCAGCGAAGGGGACGCACACGCGGGCUUCAACUUCUCCGCCACCCUGGAGUGCCCACUGAUAUUCUUCUGUCGUAACAACGGCUACGCCAUCUCUACCCCCACCAACGAGCAGUACAGGGGCGAUGGCAUCGCCGCUCGCGGUCCGGGGUACGGCAUGCUGUCCAUCCGUGUCGAUGGUAACGAUGUGUUCGCUGUGUACAAUGCUACAAAGGAGGCGCGUCGCAGAGCCGUGGCUGAGAACCAGCCCUUCCUCAUCGAGGCAAUGACUUACAGAAUUGGCCACCACAGCACAAGCGACGACAGCUCGGCUUACCGCUCGGUGGACGAGGUGAACUACUGGGACAAGCAGGACCAUCCCAUCUCCAGGCUGAGACACUACAUGACUACCCGCAGCUGGUGGAGCGAGGACGACGAGAGGAGCUGGCGGAAGGAAUCGCGCAAGAUGGUGAUGGAGGCGUUCGAGGGGGCCGAGAGACGCCUCAAGCCGAAUCCCGAGCUGAUGUUCACCGACGUGUACCAGGAGAUGACGCCCAAUCUGAACAAGCAGAAGGAAUCCAUGUGGCGGCACCUGCAGCAGUACAAAGAGCACUACCCGUUAGACCUGUAUGAUAAAUAACUGCAUUCACAGGAUGGAACGAGUUGUGGUUUUUGGUGACUAAUAUGUGGGAGUGGGUGAGGAUUGACACCGGGAUAAACUGUUGCACACCUUUUAAAAAUAUAGUUUUGAUAUGACGAGUGUCAUUUCUUUCUGCACAACUUUGGAAGAAGAGAAAGAUCGUGCUUUCAAAAAUAUCCUACUUCAUGCCUCUGGGGUUUGGUGCCUUAAGUUAAUAGAUUAACUGUCAGUAGUAAAGCUCCUCUAUAAAUGCUAAAUCACACCUUUGUUUCACUCUAACUCCAAUUUUACCGAUGUUAUUAUAGUGCAGCAAAACAUGCUGGGACAGGUUGACUGCGGAAGAGAAACAAAUCGAGCAAUAAACGGUGGAAGUUUCCCCCUAUUGUGUAUUUUCCCCUCUUCCUGUAAUGUGAUCAUAGUAUUCAACAGGUUUUCUUGUGUAACAUGGAGGUGACUGAUGGACUUGUGUCAUAAAACUUUCCUAUUUGAAUGGUUUUUAGAAUACACACCCAAAUUUUAGAUGGGUCUGUACACUCAUGUUACAUGUUUGGUGUUUUGUGGAAAAUAAAAAUAUGGAACUUUG